CUCGUGUGCAGCAACUAUACUGACAUCUGCUUUAAGAAACACCUGCACAACUUUCCCUCCAUGCGCCAGUCAAGCUCGCGACGCCCCGCUUAAGCCUGAGACUCCUCCUAAUCGAGUAGGGCCUUGCGCCCGCUGCCGCAACGGCCAUGGAGGACUGUGCUGAGGCCUUGCGGCGGCUUGCAGAGCAAUGCGUCAGUUCAAAGCUCGACGCGCAGAAAGGAACUUCGCAAGGCCUACUAAAACUCCUAGAGCUGAAGGAGGAAAGCCGCAAGCUGGCCUUCGCAGCUGAGGAUCAGCGAGAGGAGACCAGCAAGUUCAAGACGCGCCUGGAGCAUGCACACCUUCAGCUACAGAACCUCAUAUACGAGAAGGAGUACUACGAGAAGGAAAUUCACGAAUGCCAGAACUUUCGGUUCAAGCAUCCCGACUCCGCCAUCGGGCUCGUGCCCGUGGAGCAGUUCCUGGCGUCUGCGGGGCCAGAGGUGCUUGAGCGGAUAGGCGACGACCCGCACAAGCUCAUGCUCGAGCGGUUGCGGGACGAGCUGUCUCAGCGGAAGGCUAUGGUGGCCAAGCUGGAGGAGCUGAAGAAGGCUAAGGCGGCCACGCGGCAGGAGGUGGACAAGCGGAAGCGGACGCUGGACGACCUCCAGCAACAGCUGCAGGGCCUGGAGGAGACGGCGAAGCCGCUGCAGAGCAUCCUGGCGCCGCACCUGUCGCUACGGGGGUUUGCGCGCAGCGCGGACCUGCUGCCGCUGCCCCUGUACAUUGUCUACUCGCAGCUGGCGGCGGUGCGGGAGGCGCUGGGGCUGCCCAUCCGCGUCGCCAUUCUGGGAUCUUCCGUAGAGGCGGAGAGCUUUGCAAAGGCGCAGACGGCGGACCCCGCAGACGCCGCCGACGGCGCUGCGGCGCCGGAGCCGGCAUCCAAGCAGGCGCGCUUGUCGCCGGCGCCCGGGCAGGCUGGCGCCACCGCGUCGGGCGAGGACCUGUACAAAGUGCACCCGCUCAGCGUGCUUCUGGAGGUGCAGCGGGAUAACAACGGCCGGCUGCAGACGAUCAUCAGCGUCAAGUUCCAGUUCCUGGUCAACCUAAAGCUGGUCACGGCGCACAGCGAGGUGCGUGAUGACAACGUACUGCUAGCCGCGCUGUUCCCCGGGGACGACGGCUCCGCCACGGCGUACGAGAGCCUGGCGCAGCUGCAGGGCGGCACCUUCAAAUACGACACCUCGCGGCCCGCCAAGCCGUACAGGUGGUGCCAGCACCUGGCCGGACUGGACUUCGCGCCGCCGCUGCCGCUGGCCACGCAGCUGCCGGCGGCAGCGGGCGGCGCAGGCGCGGGCGGGCAGGCGGAGAGCGCGGGCGCGGUGAUGGAGGGGCUGGAGUCAUACCGGCGGCAGCAGCGCGUCAUCCACGUCAUUGAGCGGCUGCGGUCGGUCAAGACGGGGGACGAGGCCGCCAAGAAGAUCAUAGCGGCGCUAGAGAAGCAGCCCAACCCGCCCAAUAUGGCGCGGUACCCAAAGCUCCCAGUAACUGUAGUGUUUAGCGUAGAGGAGAUUAAGAGCGCGGCGCCGGCAGCCGGCGGCGCUGGCGUGGCGGGCGGCGCCAGCAAGAACAAGGACAGCGUGGCGCGCGUGGCGGCGGCACUGGGUGCGCGGCCGGGCGCGGGCAACGGGCCGGGCGGCAGCAAGAAUGACGCGGCGCCGGCUUCAGCGCUGCCGCUGCACAUGCGCGGCGAUGCGGCGGAGGAUGGAGAGGUGGGGCUGCGCGGCAGCCGAAAUGCCACCCCAGCGGUGGACGGCAGGGCGUCCCCGGUGCCCAUGGACGUGUCGGGGCCGGGCGGCGCCGCCAACGGCUUGGGUGCCGGCGGCCGGACGGCCUCAGAGCUGGGGCUGUCGGCGUCGGCUGUUGCGGCCACGGCUGGCGGCAAGGAUGGAUCGGGCGUGGGCGGUGGCGGUGGUGAUGUUGCGAUGGAGGAUGGCGAGGCGGCGGCGGAGGGCGAGGAGGGCGGCCGCAAGCGCCGCGCUAAUGGCGAUGAGGGUGAGGGCGAUGAGGAGGGCCGCGAGGACGGCGAGGAGCAGGGCGAGGACGGGAAUGCCGCCGACCAGCUGGUGUCGCGCUACCUGCUGACCGACCUGCUGGCGGCGGAGGCGGCGGCGGGCGGGACGGGCGGCGGUGGCGGGCCGCCCAAGCCGGCGGCUCCUAAGCCCGUGUCGCGGCUGUACCGCAUCGUGCUGCGGCACAAGGAGCGGUCGCUUGAGUGCGAGCUGCUGGUGCGGCUGUUCCUGGAGUACCCGCUGCGGCCGCCGCUGCUGCUGGUGAAGGGCGUGCGGGAGCUGCCGCGUGAGCGGCGCGGGCAGCCGCGGCCCAUCAACAACGUCAACCUGGUGUCGUGGCUGGAGUCGGAGGCCAACUCAGCGGCUCUGGCCCAGGUGCCCGCCGACGCGCCCAACACGGCCCUGCUGUACCAGCUGCUGCACCUACGUCUGGCGUUUGACGAGUUUGCAAACGCCUACGCAGCCGAGGGCGGCGGUGGCCCCAGCACCGCUACGGCUACUACGGUGGCGGCCGUAGCGGCGGCUGCGGCUGCGGCGGCGGCUGCGACGGGUGAGGACCUGAUGGCGCUGCUGGCGAGCAAGCAGCGCAUGCGUGGCCGUGACCGGCGGGUGGUGCUGCCGGUGCUGGGCGACAGCCCCGUACCGCCGGCGGUGCUUACGCCGCUGGCGUAGAGGGUCUUGCAGUGUGUCCUCUAGCCGCUUGUCCUGGUGGCUCGUACUCGAGCAUGGUGCCGCACAUGUUCGUUGGCGAAUCGCCGAAGCCGCACGCAUGCAGAACAUAGGGUGCGUUUGGUGCUGUAUGUUUGCACGCUUUGGGACAGACGCAGUGCGCGGUGCUAACACCUUUGUUGACCAGGAGCGCGCUGCGCAAGCGAGCAAUGCUGAAACGAACGAGAGAAUACAACUAAUGGGUACAAGCACUGACUACGUGGAAGGAGCUUUGGGACCGCGCCCUGAUGCCGGCAGGGUUGCUGAGCUGCGCUGUAAACGGCUCGGGAU